AACAACGUCACACUGAUUCCUAUUUUCUUCAGUUUGUUCUGACGCACCGACUCUAAAUACACACAGGGUCUUGUUUUUGGUAGCACUUCCACUUCCAGUGAUUUGCAGUUGCACAUGAUGGGCACUGUUGUGGAGAAAUCUGCUUUGAUAAUCUGUGGAGACUACAUGGAAGACUACGAAGUGAUGGUGCCUUUCCAGGUGCUGCAAGCCUUUGGAGUUCGAGUUGAUUGUGUCUCUCCCAACAAGUUACCCGGUCAAAAAUGCAUCACUGCCAUCCACGAUUUCUUAGGAUUUGAGCUUUACUCAGAAUUGCCAGGCCAUUUAUUCACGCUGAAUUCGGACUUCGAUGAAGUGAAGGCCGAAUGCUACGACGCCCUGUUUAUUCCCGGAGGUCGUUUCACCGAGCUUCUCAGUGUCGACGACAAGGUCUUGGGUAUCGUUAAAGGGUUUGCCGAUGCAGGGAAACCUAUUGCCACGAGUUGUCACAGCCAACUCCUCCUGGCGGCGGCGGGGCUUUUGAAAGGCAAGAAAUGCACUGCAUUCGCAAGCAUGAAACCAGUGAUUGAGCUGGCCGGUGGAAUUUGGUGGGAGCAACCAGGAAUCACAUCAGCUUUUGACAUUACUGCUUGUCUCAAAGAUGGAAACAUCUUGAGUUCAAUAGGAUGGCCGGCGUAUGCUGAAUAUCUCAAAACUCUGUUUGAAUCCAUGGGAGCCCGAGUUCAUGCAACUAAGACUAACUCGGUGCUUUUCCUAUGUGGGGACUAUGUAGAAGAUUACGAAUUCAAUGUCCCGUUCCGUGCACUCCAAGCAUUAGGCUGCAAGGUCGAUACCGCUACCCCGAGCAAGAAAAAGGGGGAAACCUGUGUCACCGCUAUCCAUGACGACGAAGGAGCCCAAGUUUUCAGCGAGAAACGCGGUCAUAACUUGUUUAUCACAGCCAAUUGGGAUGAUAUCAGUGUUUAUGACUACGAUUGCCUUGUCGUGCCAGGUGGGAGGUCACCUGAGUUGCUCGUAAUGAACGACAAAGCAGUCGAUCUAGUGAAGGAAUUCUAUGAGAAAGAUAGGGUCAUUGCUGGUAUUGGGCAAGGGCAAUGGCUCCUAGCUGCUGCAGGUGUUCUAAAGGGGAAGAGAUGUGCAUGCGGCCAUGGAACGAAGGUAAUGGUGAAGAUGGGUGGAGGAGACGUGGAGGAAUCUAAAUGGUGUGUGUCUGAUGGGAAGCUGGUGACUGCCGUUGGAUGGCCUGCCCUUUCUUCCUUCAUAUCUCAACUAUCAAGGCUUUUGGUUAUAUCUUUUGAGUUUUGCAUGUGACCAAGUUUGUGUCCUUCAGUCCAAACGCAACAUAAAAAAGAAAUGUAUGCACUUUGAAUAAAGUUGGUUUA